AUUGAUUACAGUGUUGUCAUAUGAUUGACAAUGAGGGGACCGAGACUGGAUAUUAUUGUGUUAUAUUGCAUAAUGGAGUUAUUUCCCAAAUUACAUUUGGCAUGUGAAGAUAUAGCAAUACGGAAUCAUACAUUUCCAGGAUAUUAUUAUCAUUACAAUAAUGUAAGAGAUUUAUACUCCUGGCAUAACAUGUCAUUUUGGGGAGGUCAAUUUCAAAUGCCGUCAAUAAACAGUAUCGAAACUGAGUGUUUCAGAGGAACUGGCAAUGUAUUAGCAUUGAAAGGUGCACACCCUCAAUUAACGACAUUGAAUGAAAACAUUAAGAUGUACACUUUAUGCAGUGUCAAUCAGGAAAGGGUUUGUGAAAUGGAGAUAGGGAAUAUUGAGAUGAGAAAAUGCCACGGUAUUCUACUAUACAGAAUCCCUACCUUAGAUUUCAGUAAUCUCGAUAUAACAGCACAAUUUUAUUGUUUCGGUAUGAAUAAUUUACUUUUUAAGGAGUUAUAG